AUGAGUGCCUACGGGUUAAUCGACCAGUAUGCUAAAAAGAUACAGAAGUAUUCAACUCCUAUUUCUCAUGCUUGGUGGACAGUCAAUUUCGUCCUCCGUAUGUUCAUCGUGACCACGAUCGGUAACGCCGUUUAUGGCGAUGAACAGGGCGUCUUCCGAUGCGAUACCAGCCAGCCAGGUUGCAACCAAAUGUGCUUCAAUAGAUUUUCUCCGAUAAACCAUCCGCGUUUCUGGGGCUUCCAGAUCCUUUUCUGCUGCCUUCCUUCUGUUAUUUUCAUCUUUAUCACCGCCAACCAAGAAGCCCAGAUGAAGAAGAUCGAAACCCAAGAGAAAGAAAUCAAGGAGAAAUACACCGAGUCCGACUACACCUCUACCACCGAGUACACCAAGAUCGACAAGAAAAAGAAGAGGCUCGGACUUGAGAAGAAGAAAGUCAAGACCACCACUGAUAUUACCGGCAUGACCCAAGUCAUCUGGACCCCACGAAUCCGAAUGUGGUACGUUGCUCACCUCAUCGCCAAGUUCGUUCUCGAAAUCAUCUUCAUCUACCUUUACUACCUUCUCCAGAAACAACAGUCCAAGCAGUCUGGUUUUGCCGCCUGGUAUGUCCCAGAAAAGUACGUCUGCACUCAUGGUGGAGAAAUGGAUAACUUUGCUUGCUCCCAGAACGCUGAAAUCCCCUGCUGGGUCUCCCGACCAUGGGAAAAGAUGAUGAUGAUGUGGUACAUGCUCUCCAUCUCCGUUCUCUCAGCUGUCCUCGCCCUCGUCGAACUCGUCUGGGUCCUUACUCGAAUCUCCGUCAAGGCCAAGAAAGUCCGACGUCAGCGAAAGCUCGAAAAGAAAUCCCUCCUCUCCCCUGCCGCCCCUCUCUUGAAUGGAGAAUCCGGUGACAUCGUCAAGGAGGUCGAUGAGACCAAGGAAGCAUAA